CCGCCUUUCUCCGGGAGACCGAGGGCUAGAAGGGUGGAUCCCAGGAGGCUCCUACCCCCCGAGCUCGGUUUCUCAGCCUGAUUGGCUUGUCCAGGUGCCUGUCACUACCGCUUUCACCGUUGACUGGCCUUUAGACCGCCGCUCUACGCGGCGCCGGUUCCGCCCCCGACGGGUGUUUGUGGUGGGGCUGCGGAGUCGCCGAUCCCGCCGGAAGCGCCAGGACAAUGGGGACCCGGGACGACGAGUACGAUUACCUAUUCAAAGUGGUGCUUAUUGGGGACUCAGGUGUAGGUAAGAGCAACCUGCUGUCACGCUUCACCAGAAACGAAUUCAACCUAGAGAGCAAGAGUACCAUCGGAGUGGAGUUCGCCACUCGCAGCAUUCAGGUGGACGGCAAGACCAUCAAGGCUCAGAUCUGGGACACUGCUGGCCAGGAGCGCUACCGUGCCAUUACCUCUGCGUACUACCGUGGUGCAGUGGGUGCACUGCUGGUAUAUGACAUUGCCAAGCACUUGACAUAUGAGAACGUGGAGCGCUGGCUGAAGGAGCUGCGGGAUCAUGCAGAUAGCAACAUUGUCAUCAUGCUGGUGGGCAACAAGAGUGACCUGCGCCACCUUCGGGCUGUGCCCACUGAUGAGGCCCGUGCCUUUGCAGAAAAGAACAACUUGUCCUUCAUUGAGACCUCAGCCUUGGAUUCCACCAAUGUAGAGGAAGCAUUCAAGAACAUCCUCACAGAAAUCUACCGUAUUGUGUCACAGAAGCAAAUCGCUGACCGUGCAGCCCACGAUGAGUCCCCUGGCAACAACGUGGUGGACAUCAGUGUGCCACCCACCACCGAUGGACAGAGACCCAACAAGCUGCAGUGCUGCCAGAGCCUGUGACUGCCCUGCACUUUCUUUUUCUUUUGGUUUUGGUUUGUUUUGUUUUGUUUUUCUUGGUUUUUUUUGGUUUUUCGAGACAGGGUUUCUCUGUGUAGCCCUGGCAGUCCUGGGACUCACUCUGUCAACCAGGCUGGCCUCGAACUCAGAAAUCCACCUGCCUCUGCCUCCCAAGUGCUGGGAUUAAAGGCGUGCGCCACCACUGCCCGGCUUGCCCUGCACUUUGACCCAGCGUGCGUGCACGUCCUCGAUCCUUGGCCAGCCCUUCACCAGUGUCCUCCCGGCCCCUCCCUUGUCCCUCUAGGACAGGCUGCUCCCACCCUCCAAGUGAGCUCCGCCUGCCAGCCCAAUGGCCCAGGAAGAGCAGGAGUCCAGUGGCCUCUCCUGUCCUGCCUGCUCAAGAGAAGCUAAAAGCCCCUUGCUUAUGUACCUGCUCUUGGAUAUUGUGGGCAUCUUGACAGGAUAGGGAGGUUGGUAGGAUGGACAAGGCCAGCCAGAGGUGAGGAAGAUGAGUGGAAGGAACCUGCUUCUCCUGUUUUCCAGACUUCAGAGAUCGAAACCGCCUUUCCUCUCUGGCCAGUUGACCAGCUGGCCCUGUAUCCUCAUCCCAAACUCUCUCUGAGCUGAUACCCGAAGAGCCAGGCAUCAGAGGCUGAGCAGGUGGACAUUCUGGGCUCUGCCUCCUGCCUACACCACCAUAGCCAGUGCCAGCACGGCCUCCAGCAUUCCCAGGCCUGCGCACUCCUGCUCCUGCCUGUAGAUUUAUGCUGGGAGAAGACACCCUUGCCCCUCUCCCUCCUCCUCUGCACGCAGCGCUCUCCUCUGCCCAUCCCCACUUCUCUGUCUCGUCUCCGUGUCUGGUCAGGAACCUGUCUGCAAGUGAAGCAAUAUCUUCGUGUUUUGUAUAUACAACUGCUCUUGUAGCCUUUGGUUUUUGUUAUUGUAGAGAACAGAUUCUUUAUACACUUUGUAAAAUUUACGCCAAACCCCAGCUCUCGAACUCUUAUUCUCCCUGUAGCCCUUGCACUGUUGCCCGUUACUAAAAUGUAUAAGCCACUUCUGUACAGAAACCUACCACUCAGCUUCUGUCUUCUUUCUCUCCACCAAAUGAUGCACCUGAACCAGGGCCCUUUUACGUGUCCCCAAUAGUAGGUUAGCGUAGUACCUGCUGAAGACAGUGGGCAGACAUGCUGAUCUUGCACAGUAGGCUGUGAGAUAAGGAUCUUGGGCUCCAAGGAGGGGAGAGUGAGUCCUCUGCAAGUGGCUCCUGUAGUAUGGAGGAAGGAAAUGAUGGUGACCUGAAGUGGCAGCCUUCACUUGGAACAGUUUAAGGAGAAGUUGUACCAGCCUUUCCCAAAUCGUUUGUAUCUAGGAUUGACAGGCCUAGGAUGCCCCCUGGUGUGAAUGGGAAGCAUGAGCAUGCUUGCCACUUCCAUCUGCUGCCAACAAUGGACUCCUUAUCUGGAGUCCUGGCAAGGAAGGUGUGCUUGAUAACAGUGGGUGAUGUCAGCUCUACCAUGGCUGUCUUUACUCAAGAAUGACACUUGAUGGGGACAGUAGAGGGCAACAGUGACUACAAGGUGAGCAGCUCUUGAUCUUCACUGGCGCUUCCCAGAACCCAUUGCCCUUGUUCCUGUACCCAAAGCAGAUAGUAAGUAACGAGAUGUGUUCUUCUCCACCCCUGAAGGAAAUCUUACAAUCCAAAUACAGCCAGCUAUUCUAGAAACCCUCAUCUCUAAAUGAAGAGAACCUGGGGGUGUCCUGCCUCCUGAUUCUGGAAUGAAUGUAGCCUCCUUGUGUGUGUUGGAAGAGGGAAGUGGUCAAUCCCAGAUACAUCUCUCAGAUCCAAGCUGGGCACAGUGGCUCAGACUUGUUACCUCAUACUUUGGAGGUGGUGACAGGAGAUCAGGAGUUCAAGGCCAGCCUCAGCUACAUAAGACCCUGUCUAAGAAAAUAAAAUUUAAAUUAAAAAAAAAAAAAAAGGAAAAACUAAAGACCCCAAAGAAGUUGGGGUGGAUUUUAUGGGCAUCUCACAAUCCAGAAGUUACCCUUGGCCAAAGCUAUGAUGGAAGGUGGACUGUCUAGCAGACAUAAGCAGGAGGUAGCAUAGGUCUAAGACUCAGCUCGCAGGAACUGCCAAUGGAGUUGACGUACUGGAAGAACCAACUCCAAGUUGUCUUCUGAUUUCCACAUGACACUAAAUAUUUUUACAAAACAAAUGUCACUGGGUGGGGGCAAAGGCUCUAGGUAAAAGUGCUGCAUGAGUACAGCUCCCAGAACUCACAAAGUUGGACUCAAUGUAAACACCUGUAAUGUCAACAAUCCUUCGGGGAAAUGAGAGGCAGAGCCAGGGUAUUCAGAAGCUCGUGGACUAGCUUCUGUAGAGGUAAAACAAGAAAGACCCUGUCUCAAACCAUGUGAAAGAUGAGGACUCCCUAUAAAGUUGUCCUCCCACCUGGACCCUUAGGAGAGACUAUUUGCACACACAAAUGUGCACAUAGCCACAUGCAAUGUGCACACACAAAUGUAUCCACAUAGAGUAUACACUGAUGCUCUCACAGUGUACACACGUAAGUAGAUAUGCAAUGUCCAUGCAACACAUUAUAUGCUUUGGUUGUAAGAAAUGGAAAAAUCAAGGAGAACUGAUCUGGAAGCUUCCUGCCUAGCUUUCAUAGUGCCAGAAGCUGUGUAGCAGCUAGAGGAGAACUGUCUUUGACAGCUCUGCCUGUAGACCCUGCUACAGUACUAACAUGUUAGGCAAGAUAUGCCUGCUGGUGCCAUAGUGGCAUGACUUACGAGUAGCAGUUCCUUUCUGAUUAAAUCUAAAGCCCAUUCCACAGAAGUGAGUUCACAUUUGGUACCGUGAGCCUAGUCAAAAGCUUGCAGCUAGGGAUGUUGUAGGCUCUUACAGGAUGCACAUGCCUGCACUCACCUAUACUAGCAUUGUCUUUCACAACAAAAAUAAAAUUAGUGCAUAAGCAACUCAUUUUAUUGUUUGGUCAAGCUUUUAGCUGCUGUGUCCAGGUAGGGACUAGACUAGAACUAGAGGCAGAAUAUCCAGGGCUAAGUCUAAGCCAAACAAACUUUUAUUAUAGAAUCGUUGGGUUUGUAACUGUCAUAGUGUAGCAAGGGACUGGAGAAAACACUACAAAGACCAACACAUGAAAGACAAAAACACAAAACUACUGAAAACCCUUCCCCACAUGCAACAAACGGAACCUGCUCAAGAAAGCCCGUGAACUUGGGAGGCAGGAGUAUCCCUUAGUUUGAGGCCAGUCUGGUCUACAUAGCAAAUUCCAGGACUAUACAGGAAAAAGAGAAAGCCCAAGAUAUAAAAAUGUGGGGAAGCAGGUACAAUGCUAAUGCACCUCUAAUGAAUCAUGAACCUUGUGGCUUAGCAUGUCUGAGUACAUAUUUUCCCCUCAGCUCACAGAGCUCUUGCUGUCCAGGCCUUGAUUUGUAAUCCAGGGUGGCCCUGAACUCAAGAGAUCUACCUGCCUCUACCUCCUGAAUGCUGGGAUUAAAGGCAUGUACCACUAUGCCCAGCUUGCUUUUUCUUUCUUUUUGAAACAUUAUGUGUAUGCAUGUUUUGACUGCAUGUAUGUCUGUAUACCACAUGCAUGCAGUUUCCACAGAGGUCAGAUGAACAUGUCAACUGGAGUUACAAAUAGUUGUAAACUGCCAUGUGAGUGCUGGGAAUUGAACCUGAGUCCUCUAGUAGAGCAACCUGUGCUAUUAAUCACAAAGCCAUUUCCAUCUUUCCUUUUCUUUAUAAACUUUCUCUUUUUGUCUCUUUAUAUAUGUAUAUGUUGAGUUUGUCAUGUCUGCAUGGUGUAUGUUCAUAUGUGUGUAGAGAUGCGCAUAUACCUAUGGAGAGUACCAGAGGUAAGUUAGAAAGUGUCUUCCUCUAUUUGAGGUAGGAUUUCUCCCAGCAAGCCCAAGCAAUCCCCUUCUCCCUGCAUCAUCAGUGCUGGGAUCACAGAUGUGUGCAGGGUGACACUUGGUUUAUUACAUGGAUGAUGGCACUCAAGGUCUGGUCUUCUUGCUUACACAGCAAGUGCUCUUAGCCACUAAGCCACCAUUCAGCCCUAGACUCUAUUUCUAACCAUAUGUCCUAGUGCAAUUCUCUGUCCUGGAACAGUAGACCCUGGAAACCUCAGUGGGUGGCCUCGAAACUCUGAUCCGAACCUGAAACAAUAUGUUAGUGGUGUUGGGAAGUGUGACCUUUCUGAGUUAACUAGAAACAGAUGAGGUCAUCAGAGUAGGGCUCCCAUGACAGCAUUGCAGCUUCAUAAGAUGAGGAAGAGAGACCCAGCUCGGCACACUUAGCGUCUCACCUUGCAAUUCCUUCUGCCACGUUACAAAGUUGUAAGAAGUUCUUCACCAGAUGUUGCACCUUGCUCCUAGACCUCUCAGUCAUCAGAAUAGUGAAUUAAAUAAGCAUCUAUACUUUAAAAAAUUAUAUUCUAUGUCUGCCUGCCUGCCUGUCUGUCUGUCUAUCUGAGCUUAGUGGACAAUUUAUUUUCUGGAAUUGAUUCUUCUUCACUGUGUGGGUUCCAGGGAUCAAACUGAAGUUGUGAGGCUUGGUGGUGGGCACCCUUACCUGCCGAAUUAUCCAACUGACCCUCCUCUUUCCAAUAUCCUGCUCCCAAACCCUUUGUCACGGCAACUAAAAUGAUCUUAGACAGGCGAUGUGGCUAGAAGUUUGAUUGGAUGUGAGUUGGAAGGGGCUGUUGGGAAGAUGAAUAACUAUUCUGGACCAAGGGAGCCGGAGCAGUCAGAGAAUGAAGAGUCUGGGAUAAUUUUGGUACUUGGUUAGUAUUAGAAGAUUAUUUUGGCUGGCUUAAUGUCAACUUGACCCAAGCUAGACACAUCUGAAAGAAGAGACUAUCAGUUGAAAAAAAAAUGCCUGCAUAAGUUCCAGCUAUAAAGCAUUUUCUGAAUUAGUGAUUGAUGGGGCUAGAGGGCCCGGUCCAUUGUAGGUUGUGUCUCCCCUGGGUUGGUGGUUCUGGGUUCUGUAAGAAAGGCUAAGCAAGCCAUGAAGAGCAAGCUGAUAAGCAGCACUCAUCUUCUGCAUUGGCUUCAGCCUCCAGGACCUUACCCUGUUUGAGGUCCUGUCUUGACCUUCUUCAGUGAUGGAUUACAGUAUGAAGUGUGAGCCAAUAAACCCUUUCCUUCUCAACUUGC